GUUUUCCAUAGGUUCCUGACUAGGUUAAUUAGGGUGGAGCAAAUAGCCCCACCCCAAAAGCAGGUUUCAGGAUAUGAAGUUUGAGCCAAGCCUUGGGGUAGAGCUGGAAUUCACCUUUGUACUUAACACGGUCAGGGUUUGUAGUGACUAGCUACGUGGGUCUGGAGCUGGCUGCUGUCCUGACGCGUCCUAGAGCUGCAACCAGGUCCUGCCAGAGAGCCACCAUGGCCUCUCAGCUUCUCAGGCUGGCAGAAGAGUAUGGCCCAAGUCCUAGGGAGUCUGAAGUGGCUGUGAACCCCUUUGAUGGGCUUCCCUUCUCUUCCCGCUACUAUGAGCUGCUGGAACAGCGCCAAGCCUUGCCCAUCUGGGCUGCUCGCUUUACCUUCUUGGAGCAGUUGGAGAGUAACCCCACUGGAGUGGUGCUGGUAUCUGGGGAGCCUGGUUCUGGCAAGAGCACCCAGAUUCCUCAGUGGUGUGCAGAGUUUGCGCUGGCCAGAGGGUUCCAGAAAGGACAGGUUACUGUCACGCAGCCCUACCCUCUUGCAGCCCGGAGCCUGGCUCUGCGGGUUGCUGAUGAGAUGGAUCUGACCUUGGGUCAUGAGGUUGGAUACAGCAUCCCCCAGGAGGACUGCACGGGGCCCAACACUCUGCUCAGGUUCUGCUGGGACAGGCUACUUCUGCAGGAGGUGGCCUCGACCCGGGGCACUGGAGCCUGGGACGUACUAGUACUAGAUGAGGCUCAGGAGCGGUCGGUGGCAUCGGAUUCACUCCAGGGGCUACUGCAAGAUGCCAAGCUGGAAAACCUUCCGGGGGACCUCAGAGUGGUUGUGGUUACUGACCCAGCCUUUGAACCUAAGCUCCGAGACUUCUGGGGCAAUCCUCCUGUUGUGCAUAUACCCAGAGAGCCUGGCGAGAGACCUUCGUCCAUCUACCAGGACACCCUCCCCUCUGACCGGGUGGAAGCUGCCUGCCAAGCAGUGCUUGAAUUGUGUCAGAAGGAGGCUCCAGGAGACGUGCUAGUGUACCUGCCCAGUGAGGAGGAAAUUUCCCUGUGCUGUGAAUCCUUGUCCAGGAAGGUAGAGUCCCUGCCUCUCCAAGGGCUUCCACCACGAGUACUGCCCCUUCACCCAGACUGUGGACAAGCCGUUCAGGCUGUGUAUGAGGACAUGGAUGCCCGAAAGGUCGUGGUCACUCACUGGCUGGCUGACUUCUCUUUCUCCCUCCCUUCCAUCCGACAUGUCAUCGACUCAGGACUGGAGCUCCGAAGUGUUUACAACCCUAGGAUCCGAGCAGAAUUCCAAGUGUUGAGGCCAAUCAGCAAGUGUCAGGCAGAGGCAAGACAACUGCGGGCAAGAGGGUUCCCACCAGGAUCCUGCCUCUGCCUGUAUCCUAAGUCCUUCUUAGAACUAGAAGCUCCUCCAUUGCCCCAACCCAGGGUGUGUGAGGAGAAUCUGAGCUCCCUGUUGUUACUACUAAAAAGGAGACAGAUUGCAGAGCCAGGGGAGUGUCACUUCCUAGACCAGCCUGCUCCAGAGGCAUUGAUGCAGGCCCUGGAAGAUUUAGACUAUCUGGCAGCCCUGGAUGAUGAUGGAGACCUGUCAGAUCUAGGUGUCAUCCUAUCAGAGUUCCCUCUGGCUCCUGAGCUGGCCAAAGCCCUGCUGGCCUCAUGCGAGUUUGACUGUGUGGACGAGAUGCUCACCCUGGCUGCCAUGCUCACAGCUGCCCCUGGGUUUACCCGUCCUCCACUCUGUGCAGAAGAAGCUGCCCUGCGUCGGGCCCUGGAACACACAGAUGGUGACCACAGCUCUCUGAUCCAGGUGUAUGAAGCCUUUAUACAAAGUGGAGCAGAUGAGGCUUGGUGCCAGGCUCGAGGUCUGAAUUGGGCGUCAUUGUGCCAAGCCCAUAAACUUCGGGGAGAGCUCCUAGAACUCAUGCAACAAAUUGAACUUCCCUUGUCCCAACCAGCCUUUGGCUCUGAACAGAAUCGCAGAGACCUUCAGAAAGCACUGGUGUCAGGAUACUUUCUCAAGGUGGCCAGAGACACAGAUGGGACUGGAAAUUACCUACUCCUAACCCAUAAGCAUGUGGCCCAGCUCUCCUCAUACUGCUGCUACCGAAGCCGAAGCCGCAGGGCUCCUGCCAGACCCCCACCAUGGGUGCUCUACCACAAUUUCACCAUAUCCAAAGACAACUGCCUUUCCAUUGUUUCUGAGAUCCAACCACAGAUGCUGGUGGAAUUGGCCCCUCCAUACUUCCUGAGUAACUUGCCUCCCAGUGAGAGCAAAGACCUCCUGAACCAGCUAAAGGAAGGAAUGACAGAUUCUUCAGCAGGGAGCGAAUCAUCCUCAGCCCAGGAGUUCAGAGAUCCCUGUGUCCUGCAGUGACCUGCCUGCCUAUGGAAUGAAGCUGGGUUCAUCUCAUCACAUUACAUUCUCCCUCAGGAUGGCACCAAAGCAGCCAGACAGAUUUAGAAGCCCAAAGUUUAGGGUCAGAUGUAAACCCUGGAACUUGAGUCUCUAGAAAUGGUGGGCUGAGAAUGGAGAGAAUGGGGUAAACCACAGUCUACAUAGGGUAGGAUUCUUUCCUUAGCCUUCUCUUAUUUAUUGGAGAGGGACUGACAUGCUCCCCAUUCUCCCAACUUUGCCAAACCCAUUCUUGUACUCACUUACGGUCUAUUAAAGAUUUUUCUAUGAUGCCAA